GAGUUUGGCGAGCAGCGACGCGGUGUAGUCAGACGGCAGUGGUCCUGGGAGGCGACAGUUCGCGUCCGAGCUUCUCUCUGCUUCUCCGCCGCAUCCACCGCCGCGCCCCGGCCUCCCGCCCAUCCUCGAUGCAGACCUGGGCGGCCGCGUGAUGGGGCUGCGGAGCGGCGCCCUGCAGCUCGCGGCGGCCGCUGCCUGCGCUGAGGUGCGUCGGUGCCCGGCCUCCCGCGCCCCUGCGCGCCGCGGCGUCUUCUGACUCGGCCGGCUGGCCCGUCGGUCCGCAGCGCCGCUGAGGACCCUAGAACAUAACUUCAAAAGAAGAUUUGACUGUGAGUUCUGGACUGAAGAUUUAGGCCAUCAGAAUGUCGGGAGCUUCCGUGAAGGUGGCCGUGCGAGUGAGGCCCUUCAAUUCUCGAGAGACCAGCAAGGAGUCCAAGUGCAUCAUUCAGAUGCAAGGCAACUCGACCAGUAUUAUUAACCCAAAGAACCCAAAGGAAGCACCAAAGUCCUUCAGCUUUGACUACUCCUACUGGUCUCACACCUCGCCUGAGGAUCCCUGUUUUGCGUCGCAGAAUCGUGUGUACAAUGACAUUGGGAAGGAAAUGCUCUUACAUGCCUUUGAAGGCUAUAAUGUCUGUAUUUUUGCCUAUGGGCAGACUGGUGCUGGGAAAUCCUACACGAUGAUGGGGAAACAAGAAGAGAGUCAAGCUGGAAUCAUCCCCCAGUUGUGUGAAGAACUUUUUGAAAAGAUCAAUGACAACUGUAAUGAAGAAAUGUCUUACUCUGUAGAGGUGAGCUACAUGGAAAUUUACUGUGAGAGAGUACGAGAUUUGUUGAAUCCCAAAAACAAGGGUAAUUUGCGUGUGCGUGAACACCCGCUUCUUGGGCCCUAUGUGGAGGAUCUGUCCAAGCUGGCAGUCACUUCCUACACUGACAUUGCUGACCUCAUGGACGCUGGGAACAAAGCCAGGACCGUGGCAGCUACCAACAUGAAUGAGACAAGCAGCCGUUCCCACGCUGUGUUCACCAUCGUUUUUACCCAGAAGAAACAGGACCCUGAGACGAACCUUUCUACUGAGAAGGUCAGUAAAAUCAGCUUGGUGGAUCUAGCAGGAAGCGAACGAGCUGAUUCAACUGGUGCCAAAGGAACUCGAUUAAAGGAAGGUGCAAAUAUCAAUAAGUCUCUUACAACUUUGGGCAAAGUCAUUUCGGCCUUGGCAGAGGUGGAUAACUGCACAAGCAAGAGUAAAAAGAAGAAGAAAACCGAUUUUAUUCCUUAUAGGGAUUCUGUACUUACUUGGCUCCUUCGAGAAAAUCUUGGUGGCAACUCCCGGACUGCAAUGGUUGCUGCCCUGAGCCCAGCAGACAUCAACUAUGAUGAAACUUUGAGCACUCUGAGAUAUGCAGAUCGUGCAAAACAAAUUAAAUGCAAUGCUGUUAUCAAUGAGGACCCGAAUGCCAAGCUGGUUCGGGAGCUGAAGGAGGAAGUGACCCGACUGAAGGACCUUCUUCGUGCUCAGGGGCUGGGAGAUAUUAUUGAUAUUGAUCCAUUGAUCGAUGAUUACUCUGGAAGUGGAGGCAAAUAUCUGAAAGAUUUUCAGAACAAUAAGCAUAGGUACUUGCUAGCCUCUGAGAAUCAACGCCCUGGCAAUUUUUCCGCAGCAUCCAUGGGGUCUCUUACUUCAUCCCCGUCUUCAUGCUCACUGAACAGUCAGGUGGGCUUACCAUCUGUGACCAGUAUUCAAGAGAGGAUCAUGUCUACACCCGGAGGGGAGGAAGCCAUUGAACGUCUAAAGGAGUCAGAGAAGAUCAUUGCUGAGUUGAAUGAAACGUGGGAAGAGAAACUUCGUAAAACAGAGGCCAUCAGAAUGGAGAGAGAAGCCUUGUUGGCUGAGAUGGGAGUUGCCAUACGGGAAGAUGGGGGAACACUUGGCGUUUUCUCACCUAAAAAGACUCCACAUCUUGUUAACCUCAAUGAAGACCCACUAAUGUCGGAGUGUUUGCUUUAUUAUAUCAAGGAUGGAAUUACAAGGGUUGGCCAAGCAGAUGCUGAGCGGCGCCAGGACAUAGUGCUGAGUGGGGCCCACAUUAAAGAAGAGCAUUGUAUCUUUCGGAGUGAGAGGAACAACACCGGUGAAGUUAUUGUGACCUUGGAGCCCUGUGAGCGCUCAGAAACAUAUGUGAAUGGCAAGAGGGUGGCCCAUCCUGUUCAGCUGCGCUCAGGGAAUCGUAUCAUCAUGGGUAAAAACCAUGUUUUUCGUUUUAACCACCCUGAACAAGCACGAGCAGAGCGGGAGAAGACUCCCUCUGCUGAGACCCCCUCUGAGCCCGUGGACUGGACGUUUGCUCAGAGAGAGCUUCUUGAAAAACAAGGAAUUGAUAUGAAACAGGAGAUGGAAAAAAGGCUUCAGGAAAUGGAGAUCCUUUACAAAAAGGAGAAGGAGGAAGCUGAUCUUCUUCUGGAGCAGCAGAGACUGGACUAUGAGAGUAAGUUGCAGGCCUUGCAGAGGCAGGUUGAGACUCGAUCUCUGGCUGCAGAGACAACAGAGGAGGAAGAGGAGGAGGAGGAAGUUCCUUGGACACAGCAUGAAUUUGAGUUGGCCCAGUGGGCGUUCCGGAAAUGGAAGUCUCACCAGUUUACUUCACUAAGGGACUUACUGUGGGGCAAUGCGGUAUACCUGAAGGAAGCCAACGCCAUCAGUGUGGAGCUGAAGAAAAAGGUGCAGUUCCAGUUUGUCCUGCUGACUGACACACUGUACUCCCCUUUGCCUCCUGAAUUACUUCCCACGGAGAUGGAGAAAACUCACGAGGACAGACCUUUCCCUCGGACAGUGGUGGCAGUGGAGGUCCAGGAUCUGAAGAAUGGAGCAACACAUUAUUGGUCUUUGGAUAAACUCAAGCAGAGACUGGAUCUGAUGCGAGAGAUGUAUGACAGGGCAGGGGAGGUGGCCUCCAGUGCCCAAGACGAGAGCGAGACCACCAUGACCGGCAGUGACCCAUUCUACGAUCGCUUCCACUGGUUCAAACUUGUGGGAAGCUCCCCUAUUUUCCACGGCUGUGUGAAUGAGCGCCUUGCCGACCGCACACCCUCCCCCACUUUUUCCACGGCCGAUUCCGACAUCACUGAACUGGCUGACGAGCAGCAGGAUGCCAUGGAGGACUUUGAUGAUGAGGCAUUCGUGGAUGACACCGGCUCUGACGCAGGGACGGAAGAGGGAUCAGAGCUCUUCAGUGAUGGGCAUGACCCAUUUUACGACCGAUCCCCUUGGUUCAUUUUAGUAGGAAGGGCAUUUGUGUAUUUGAGCAACCUGCUGUAUCCGGUGCCCCUGAUUCACAGGGUGGCCAUUGUCAGUGAGAAGGGGGAAGUGCGGGGAUUUCUUCGUGUGGCUGUGCAGGCCAUUGCAGCUGAUGAAGAAGCUCCUGAUUAUGGCUCUGGAGUUCGACAGUCGGGAACAGCUAAAAUAUCUUUUGAUAAUGAGUACUUUAACCAGAAUGACUUCUCUUCAGCUGCAAUGACUCGUUCUGGCCUGUCCUUGGAGGAGCUGAGAAUUGUGGAAGGUCAGGGCCAGAGUUCUGAAGUCAUCAGCCCUCCAGAAGAAGUUAAUCGGAUGAAUGACUUGGAUUUGAAGUCAGGCACUUUGUUGGAUGGGAAGAUGGUGAUGGAAGGGUUUUCUGAAGAGAUUGGUACCCACCUGAAACUGGGCAGCGCAUUCACUUUCCGAGUCACUGUGCUCCAGGCCAGUGGGAUCCUUCCAGAGUAUGCAGACAUCUUCUGUCAGUUCAACUUUUUGCAUCGGCAUGAUGAAGCAUUCUCCACUGAACCCCUCAAGAACAAUGGAAGAGGAAGUCCCCUAGGCUUUUACCAUGUACAGAACAUUGCAGUGGAGGUCACCGAGUCGUUUGUGGACUACAUCAAAACCAAGCCCAUCGUAUUUGAGGUCUUUGGACAUUACCAGCAGCACCCACUUCAUCUGCAAGGACAAGAUCUUACCAGUCCACCUCAGCCCUCUCGAAGAUUCUUCCCCCCUCCCAUGCCACUCUCCAGACCAGACCAUGAAAGAAAGAUUGAGCUGAUACGGUUUCUCAUGGCUGGCUAUGUGAAUGUGCAUGUGUUGGAUACUUUCUCUGAGCACGCCAAUGUGCUAGCUUCCUCUGCUGUUGCCACCUUCCAGAAUGAGGCUGAUUCUCUACCGCCUUUUCUCUUUCCGUCAGUUCCCAGCUUCCAGAACAAAAGGGUACCCAAACAAUAUGUUCCAGCUACUAGGUUAAACACCAUGAACAAAACCAGCCUUGGGCAAAGCAUGAGCAAAUACGACCUUCUGGUUUGGUUUGAGAUCAGUGAACUGGAGCCUACUGGAGAGUAUAUUCCAGCUGUGGUUGACCACACAGCAGGCUUGCCCUGCCAGGGAACAUUUUUGCUGCACCAGGGCAUCCAGCGACGGAUCACAGUGACUAUCAUCCACGAGAAGGGCAGUGAGCUGCACUGGAAAGAUGUCCGUGAACUGGUGGUAGGUCGGAUUAGGAGUAAACCCGAGGUAGAUGAAGCUGCAGUUGAUGCUGUCCUUUCCCUAAACAUCAUCUCUGCUAAGUCCCUGAAGUCUUCCCACAGCUCCAGCAGGCUCUUUCUUGAUAAGGAUAUUCCUAGGACCUUCUAUCGUUUCGAGGCCGUAUGGGACAGCUCCCUACAUAACUCCCUCCUUCUGAACCGAGUGACACCCUAUGGAGAAAAGAUCUACAUGACCUUAUCUGCUUAUCUGGAGUUGGACCAUUGCAUCCAGCCAGCUGUCAUCACUAAGGAUGUGUGCAUGGUCUUCUAUUCCCGAGAUGCCAAGAUCUCACCACCACGUUCUCUGCGAAACCUCUUUGGUAGUGGCUACUCAAAGUCACCAGACUCCAACCGAGUGACUGGGAUCUACGAGCUGAGCCUGUGCAAAAUGGCAGACACUGGGAGCCCUGGCAUGCAGAGGCGGAGGAGAAAAGUCUUGGACACCUCGGUGGCAUAUGUGCGGGGAGAGGAGAACCUAGCAGGCUGGCGACCUCGUGGAGACAGCCUCAUCCUGGAACACCAGUGGGAGCUGGAGAAGCUGGAGCUGCUGCAUGAGGUGGAAAAAACUCGCCACUUCUUGCUGCUUCGGGAGAGACUUGGUGACAGCAUACCCAAGUCUCUUAGUGACUCAUUGUCCCCCAGCCUCAGCAGUGGGACCCUUAGCACAUCGACCAGCAUCUCUUCUCAGAUCUCAACCACCACCUUUGAAAGCGCCAUCACACCGAGCGAGAGCAGUGGCUACGACUCAGCAGACAUUGAGAGCCUGGUAGACCGAGAGAAAGAGCUGGCUACAAAGUGCCUGCAGCUUCUCACCCACACUUUCAACCGAGAAUUCAGCCAGGUACAUGGCAGUGUCAGUGACUGUAAGCUGUCUGACAUCUCUCCAAUUGGACGGGACCCCUCGGUGUCCAGUUUCAGCAGUUCCACCCUCACACCCUCCUCCACAUGCCCCUCUCUGGUGGACUCCAGGAACAGCUCUAUGGAUCAGAAGACCCCAGAAGCCAACUCUCGUGCCUCCAGUCCCUGCCAAGAAUUUGAACAGUUUCAGAUUGUCCCAACUGUGGAGACGCCCUAUUUGGCCCGAGCAGGAAAGAAUGAAUUUCUCAAUCUUGUUCCAGACAUUGAAGAAGUCAGAGCGGGCUCAGUGGUGUCUAAGAAGGGAUACCUGCAUUUCAAAGAGCCACUUUCCAGCAGCUGGGCUAAACACUUCGUUGUGGUUCGUCGUCCUUACGUCUUCAUCUAUAACAGUGACAAAGACCCAGUAGAACGUGGCAUCAUUAACCUGUCUACAGCACAGGUGGAGUACAGCGAGGACCAACAGGCUAUGGUGAAGACACCUAAUACUUUCGCUGUAUGCACAAAGCACCGUGGGGUCCUUCUGCAAGCUCUCAAUGACAAAGACAUGAAUGACUGGUUAUAUGCCUUUAACCCACUUCUGGCUGGCACAAUAAGGUCAAAACUCUCUCGCAGAUGCCCAAGCCAGCCAAAGUACUAAGCGAUUCUCCUGAGCCUUGCUCACCUUCGACAGAUAAAGAAAGUGUUACCUCUCAUUCUCUUUGUGAUUCUUGACGGUUAUUCUUGUAUGUAAUCCUGUGGCUUAACGACUUUCCCUUGUCACCCUGCACCUCUCUAGUUCUCCUGGUCCCUAUCUCCAUGGCUCUGUACUCUUCUUAUUCUUGUGCUAAGACUUGUAGCAUGUGGCCUAACAAAGGGGAACAAAACCACUACACAUUCAUAUACACUCACACUCACACACCCUGAGGGGAUCCAGCAGAUCUCCAAAUGAUUUUCCUGUGUACUUCACCUUCCUUUUGGAUGAUAGGUCCCCUUCAUGGUCACUGUCCAGCUGUUGUCUUUGAAUAGCUCUGGUUUUCAGGGUAAAUUCUCUGUCUCUCUUUUUUUCCCCUUUAUUUAUGAUAAUCUACUUUUUUCUGGGUGGCUUAGAGACUAAGGGAGGAGACGUUUGUUAUUGUCAGGAGAAAAACCUUGCUUUCUCUCUCUGUCUCUGUCUCUAUCUCUAUCUCUGUCUCUCUAUCUGUAUGUCUCUUUCUCUGUGCAUCUCUCUGUCUCUUUCUGUGUCUCUCUGUGUCUCUGUCUCUCUCUCUCUCUCUCUCUCUCUCUCUCUCUCUCUCUCUCUCCUCUCUCUCUCUCUUUCUCUGGUGGCUAAUCCUUGUGUUUCUAUUCAGGGAAAGCACUGUGGGAAGCUCAGUAAUGGGAUUUAUAUUCUCUGUCUAAAUCAGGGCUCAGAGCAUGGAUUUAUAUUGUGGAAAAUACAGAGGGGCUUUUGUGAUUGGCCUGGAACCACGGCUGCUGCUGGCCCUUUAAGGCUCAGGCUACUGCAGUAGAUUGGGCAGUGGGUCACAAGUGUGGGAGUUAAAGGCUGACUGUAGUUCCUCACAGCAGGGUCCUACAAACUUGUCUCCUCACUGGGAGGAGGCUGUUGUCUAGGAUUUUCCCAACCCUCUCCUCCGCAUUACUAUUUGGAAUUAUGUGAUGUCAGGAACAGAUUUCCCACGCGAGGGAUUGGGGAGUGUUUGGCUUUCUGGUGGUAGACUGGACCAUUGUUGCUUUGAGAGUGCUGAGUGCACCUUGUGAUUGUCUAGUCCCCUUUGAUCAAAGACUUUAGCUUCAGCAUCAGUUCUGAGGUCUCCAUCUAAAUCCAGUGGCCAUUUCCAGUAAUACCUGUCUCCAUCCGAACAAACAUGGCACUGUUUUCUGAAUGCCAGAACUGACCAGUCCCACCACCACUCCAAACAAAUCAGAAGACAUUUAGGGUCGAAAAGAUUGUCUCCCAACUGGCCUGUAGUUUGCUACUGGAUCGGGACAUGCGCCCCCCCCCCCCGCCCCCACUGUCCCUGUGGAGUUUGGAAACACUCCUGAGGAAAAAUUCACUGCUACCAGUUUCUGUGGCUUCUAACAAGCCAGGUCUCUGGGUUCAAGAGGUUCAUAGAAAAUAGCGCUCUUCCUCCACUGGCCAGUCAUGUUGGGGACUGAGUAGGGCACAGAAUGCCCAAUGGGGCUACUUCAGUUGCUGUGUCAGUGACUUGGGGCUCAUUCAGGCUGCUGUUUACUGGUCUCGCCAGCCUGUUUCAGCAUCACUCACACACCCAGGAAGGCAUCUGCUCAUCUCCACUCUGGGAAGGUUCCUGGUUACCUGAGGGUAGAGAAGGAAUGGAUUUCCUUCUGGUCAGGAGCUCAUCUCCACUGCAGAGCAGCCACUAGGGAGGCUAGCAUGCAGCCCCUUGCUUCUGACCUCUCAGCAGGGCUUCUCUCUGAAGAACAGGACUCCCAGCUUCUUUUGUUACAGUUGCUUUGCAAAGAAAAGGAAAAGUGGACCGUGGAGAAAAGAAAGGGAAGAAAUCAGACUGUUCUUAUCCAAAAGAUGAUCAACUCUGGUAGAUUUUUAAAACUUUCUUUCUCUCCUUAAAGUAUAGGUUACUAACUGUAAUGUUACUUGUUUUCUAAGCGUAUAUAUGAGAUUUUUAAUGUAGUUAGAAGUCUCUGUUGUCUAAUGGACACAACAUGUCCUUCUGGUGUAUACUCAAAUUCAGCAGGCUCUGUCUACGCUUAUAGACAGUUUCCUGGACCAGAACUAAAUCUACUUUCAGGGAAAUGAAGAUCCAAGGUCGUUCUUAAACUGAAUCACUGAUGUUGCUGCUGUUAGGAAGUUAGACAGAAGGAUCCGUGUCUGUGACGAGAGAGAGGUGUGAAACCUGAGGGAGGGUGACAUUGUGUGAUACACUAACCCCUGCGAUGACUUGUGUUUUAACUCAAACAAAACUGGUUUAGAAAGUCUUUGCUUUGCAAAUAUCAAAUGUUAGCCUGAACCAAACUGGACUGCUCCUUCAUCUGAGGCCCCCUAGGAGGCCUCGUUAGGAAACCAGGGAAAGUAAGGUUGGAGCUUGGGCACCUGUGCCUCUACCUGCCGCUGUUGGACCCCUCUCACUGUAAGGCCCAUGAUCAGAUCAGACUUUGAACAUUGGGGCUUUAUGUUCUGUUUCCAGGCAAGGUCACCUUUGCUUCGAAGCUCUGAAAGAGAAAGGGUUUUAUGGCAAGACAUGAGAGUUUUGUGGUUGCCAUCGUAGCAGGAAAGACAACUAACCUUUAAGGAAACUAUUUUUAAUUCUUCAAAGUACUCCUUUAAAUAAAACACUUACAAGGAAAACAUAUAAAUUACAGAAAAGUGAGUGCUGGGUAAAAUGAAUUGGCCUCCCCUUCCUUUACGUCUUUCUCCUCCUUCCUCCCAAGCCAAUAGAGCAUCUGUGCCCGCCAGUGCUCAGGCCUUGCCUGCUUCUGGGAGACUGCCCUGGGAGUCAGUCAGCUCUCAGUCCCAGACUCUGCAGGGACCAGGCAGUCCCUGCACAAGGUUAGGCAGGAGCACAGGCCAGACUGCUUCUGAGCGUGCCCCUGAUUUCCAUCCAUAAAUGAGAAGCUUGGUGAGGUGAGAGCUGAAGGUUCCUCAGCUAAGAAACCAUUAUAUUUUUUCCCUUCAGCUAUGUGGAAUUUGUAUACCUAUUCUUCAAAUUUUUUUUAUCUUGUUUAGAUGAAGGAAUGAAUGGUUGUGAAAGGUGUUUGCGGUCUAAAAUCAUGAUAUUUCCUGGCACAUAUUUCAAAGCCUAGACUUUGUUACCUGCUGCUUCUUGUCUAAUUUACAGGGAUAUUUAAUUUUGUAAGGUAUUUGUAUAUUUAUACAGCUGUAAUGAAUUGCACAUUGGACUGAAAGGGGAAGGUCCUACCCUGUGUGGCUCCUGCUGGGACUCUUGCAUUUUCCUCGUGGGUACUGUGCUUUCACUCUUCUGAACAAUACCAGGGCUGCGGUUUGUUUAGCAUGGGUCCAUCACUUUUCAUUUGGGUUCCUUUUGGAAAAUGUAAUCUUUAACUUGCUCUGUGAGAAGAAAGGAAUAAUUCUGUUGCUGCUCUUGGAAGGUGUGCUGAAUCCAUUUGAGUGAAACUGGCGCUGUGUACUGCAGCCAUCCACCAUGACCUGUGAGCCACCAAGAGAGAGUAAGGCCACGACCAUGGAGCAAGUCAGAGAUCGUCAGCUGAGAGAUUUACUGUUACUGUUCAGAAGGCCAUUUAUGAAGUAGAUAUUUGAGCUCUUUAAAAAAAAAAUCUUAAGAGAGCCCCUAAUUACUCAAAAAAAGAGUUGAUACUGAACUGGUGAUAAAACCUCACAGCCGGAAGUUAGGGGCAUUGCUUAGUGGUAUAGCACUUGGCAGUUAUGUGUGAUGCCUCUGGUUCAAUCCCGGGACUGCAGAUCAGACAGCCUCACAGUAGAUAGCUGCUCAGACAGAAAGUCCAGGCACAGGUUGGUCCUGUGCCAAACCCUGGAUGUUACAUGUUGUCAUGUCUUUAAUUGAUUCUUUUCAUGCUGUGCAUUCCGGCAUCAGUUCACCUAAGUUCACCUAAGGGACCCACCAGCCUCCUCAUGUUUAAGCAUUAUUGUAGACUUUGUGGCUCUAACAUCCUUGUCUGUUGAGAGUGGAGUCUCUUGUCAUCAUCCCCAUGCUAUAACAGAAUCCAUGAAGCAUAAGUGGCCUUUCUGAACCAAGACUUUGCAAACUGAUCUCUCCCCAGGGAAGGAGUUGAGCACAAGCAACAAUGUACAUUAUUAAUUUUGGAUUUCAUUUUCAUGUUUUAUUUUGUAAAUAUCUAAUGUUUGGAGCUUGAGUAUACAAAAUGUAAAUACAGUUCUUGUAUUUGUACUAAUGCUGGUUCUUUUGCUGUAUAGCCCUAGCUGUGUAAUGCAGACAUUCUCUAGCUGUGUAUGGUAACCUUGCAUCACAGACCUGCUAAUGAACGAGGUGAAAGUAAUAAAGGUACAACCAGUGCAUCGCA